AUGCCCGCGACACUUUACUUGAUAGCUGUUAUCAGCGCUGCGGUUAGUGCAGCACCGCCUGUUCCACCUGGAUAUUAUGCGCCUGCGCAAAUGCAACAUCUAAAUACAUACUAUAUAGGUCCUCCCCGAAUUAGCCCACUACUACAGCCAGCCGCAAGAAAAGCAAGAUUGGAGACGCUAGACCCUGACAGUGAAGUGGAGUUGUUACCAGGAGCUGAUCAACCCCAGCAGCCACCACAACAGACACCAGUAGCUCCCAAUAUUCCCGGAUUGAUUCCAGGACAGAGGGUGUACAUAGUACAUAUGCCAGUACCGGGAAUAAGACCGGGCACAGUUGGCGGAUACCAGCCUGUGUAUAUAGUUGCCGCCGCACCGCAAGGAAACUCGGCUUAUCCAGGUUAUCAGAAUCCAGUCCUUUUGGAUGCAUCUGGACAAGUCUUAGCACAGGUGCCGACAUAUCAAAGACCAGUAUACCAAGGCAACCCUAACAUACUGCUCGGUGCUUCGCCCCUUCAGCGACCUUUUGAUUUCGCAUAUCAAAGCCAUGGAUAUCAACCAGUCCCAGCGGUGGGACCUCCCAUGGGCUUGAACCAGUUCAUAGCUUUUCCUGGACAGCCUCAGGCCUUAGCACCACAGCCAAGCGGGCCGCAAUCGAACCUGGCGCCAAAAUUAGGUCAAACGAGAGACGAAACUAAAGAAGACUAUGACCCGCAAACCAAUGCCCAAGCUUCGCCACAGCAAAGACCAAAACUAUAG